AUGCAAAGCCUUUAUCGCAGCACUCCCCAACAAACAUCACCCUCUCCUCUGGCCGCCUCUUCUGUCCAGGAGGAACAAGGAUUUAAUGGGCGUCAGCUCAGGAGCUCGGCCUGGGAGUGCCUACAUCAUUUGGUAUGCAUAAGAAAUUCAAUUACACCACUCGGCCUGGGAGUGCCUACAUCAUUUGGUAUGCAUAAGAAAUUCAAUUACACCACUCGCAAGACAACAAGUCGCCUUCUUGUUCGUAUGAUUCUGAACAAUGCAGUUACCCUUCAAGAUAUUGAAUUUGUGUCGGAAACUCCCCGCCGGUUGAAGAUACGCGUUGCUUGGCCAGACUGGUUUCAAAUGGCCGAACAAAUGGCCCAAUUUACACUGGACGAUACUGGAGAUAUGAUUUUCCCUCCCGAGCACCCGCUUACAAUGGAUACAUCGGAACGCAAUCAACAACUUGUAAAGGAGGAUGGGCGCAUCUGGAAUGAUGGGUACUUGUGCUUUGAUCAAGAUAUGAAAGAUGAAGACCCGAUUAUUGAGCUCCUAGAUGUCACCAAUACUGCCCUUGGGAAGACAAUCCAAGUCCUACAGAUUUAUGCAGAUGUUGCACCAGUGGAAAAAGGUACCAACAACAAAGUAAAAACUGCCCGCUCUGUCAAUAUUGGUGGCCCGGUUGGCGUGAAAAACAAGAACGCUCGCAGCGCUUCCGAAGCUGGAUUAAGUGGCAAGGGCGGAGAAACCCUCAUGGCAAGUUGA